AUGGCUAGGCCCUUUGCUUUCCUGGUGGCCCUGGUGGUGAUGAGCUACUGGUCAACCUGCUCUCUAGGAUGUGACCUGCUUCAGGGACAAAACCUCAGGAACAAUAGAGCCUUGACACUCCUGGCACAAAUGAGGAGACUCUCCCCUCUCUCCUGCCUGAAGGACAGAAAGGACUUUGGAUUCCCCCUGGAGAAGGUGGAUGCCCAGCAGAUCCAGAAGGCUCAAGCCAUCCCUGUCCUGAGAGAGCUGACCCAGCAGGUCCUGAACCUCUUCACAUCAAAGGAGUCAUCUGAUGUUUGGGAGGAAACCCUCCUAGACUCAUUCUGCACUGGUCUCCACCAGCACCUCAAUGUCCUGCAAGGCUGUCUGAUGCAGCAGGUGGGGGUGCAGGAACCGCCCCUGACCCAGGAAGACUUUCAGCCAGCUGUGAAGAAAUACUUCCACAGGAUCACUGUGUACCUAAGAGAGAAGAAUCACAGCCCCUGUGCCUGGGAGGUGGUCAGAGCAGAAGUCUGGAGAGCCCUGUCUUCCUCAGCCAACUUGCUGGCAAGACUGAGUGAGGAGGAGUGA